GGGAUCUAUUGUGUUGCGGUAAUGCAAGCUCAGUGGAUGUGAACUCUGGCCAUGUUCUCUGUUCAACACAAGAGGGAUAAUCUCAGAAGCUGACCACGCAGCAAACAAACUCUGUGGGUGCUGCUCUGAAGUCAGUCACUUUGCUGUUGCUAUUGCCACAAAUGACACAGGCCACCGGUGAGCUGAGCACCUUAUCGUCGAGUCAGUGAACAAGUCAGCCAGAAUCUUGCUUCAGCACUAAACCAACUGCUCGACAGGCAACAAGAGGGUGAACAAGAGAGAGAGAGACGGCACUCAGUGGAGAGACAUUGUGGAUAAUUCAAUAUGUGUACCUCUAACUGGGGAGAUGAGCUGGAAUUAAAUAUCCAUUUGAGAGAUGAAAGACAGGAAACGGAUGUAAAAGCUGUUUGAGGAGAAAUGAUGAAAUGAAAGUAAGAGGACAAAAAAAGAAAGACGCAACGCACCAGUGAGUAGGAAAUUGCAUGUGGGAGGAGAGUGGAAAAAUUUUAGGGGGGGAAGAGUGUGUGUGUGAGGGUGUUUCCUGUGUCAGAUUUGUGCAUGGGUGUUACCAGGAACCAGGUAACCAGGGACAGCCCUACAGACCACGUCUCGUGGGGAUAUGUGGGAGCGACUUAAUCAGAAAUGACUACAACUGGAGGGGGAAAAAUCUGCACACACAAAGCACUCUCUCUCACGCCGGCAUGGUCUCAAGCUCGGAGAGUACAGCCUGCGAGGUUACUACCUGCCAGAAAUAAAAGCAACAAAGCUGAAUUUAGCUGAAAAAAACAAACAAACAAAAAAAAACACUUGACAGAAGCGACUCCUGCUGCUGUUGUUGCUGAUGAUGAUGGAAUAAUUGUUAAUAAUUGUUCUCGGACUCUGGAUGGAUUGUAGUAACAAGCUCGGAGAAUGAAUUUAGGUAUCAGUGAUCAGAACGGGCACUGAUGUCUAUAAUGUUCACUUGUUCAACCUUGGGCCCUACAGAGUGAACUGCCUCAAAGGAGUCCAGCGCUCUACUGCAAAAAACCAACCUGGUGGUCUUUAUUGAAGGAGUUUUAUCUGAGGUCCUGCUAUCUGGAUACGUUGAAGCAAGGCUAUUAUGCGCAAGCUUGACUGGAAGAAAUGCAGCUUCCUGUUGUGCCUGGGGAUGAGUAUUAUCUGUUCAGCCAUUUACUUGAGGACCAGAUUCGCGACAAAGCCAAAGCACCUUGCAAGUCCAAGUGACAAGCCCCUUUCCACUGAAUGUAGAGCUUUUCUGCCCCACAUGGAGGAUGGAGUCAAGUGGUACAACCAUAAAGGCCAGGUGGAAAGCUAUAUUUUGAAUAGCUGCAUCAAUUGUUCCAAUUUGAUCAGAGACCUACACUUCAUCACAAGACCUCUGAGCCGUGAGGAGGAGGACUACCCUUUAGCUUUCAUUGUGACUGUUCACAAGGAGCUGGAGCUUUUUGUGCGCCUCUUGCGGGCCAUUUACAUGCCGCAAAACGUCUACUGCAUUCACGUGGAUGCCAAGGCUCCAUGGAAGUACAGGGCUGCUGUACAGAAGCUAGUCAGCUGCUUUAAUAACACCUUCCUGUCCAGCCGCAGCGAGACAGUGACGUACGCUGGGUUUUCCCGUCUGCAAGCAGACUUGAACUGCAUGACGGAGCUAGCAAGGUCCAAGGUAGGCUGGAGGAAGGUGGUGAAUCUGUGUGGACAGGAUUUCCCUGUCAAGAGCAACUUGGAACUGGUGCAGUACAUGCAGAUCGAAAGGUGGAGGGAUCAAAACAUGACGCCUGGGAUUAAGCAGCCGGCGUCUAUGAAGCACAGGACUGCGCUCCAGCAUAUUGAAAUCAGGGGGUCACAUGUAGCUUUGAAAGGGUCGGGACUGAAGAAAGGUCCUCCUCCACACAAUCUGCAAGUUUAUUUUGGAACAGCGUACUAUGCUCUUACAAGGGCUUUUGUAGACUUUGUUCUGGAAAGCCCAAUUGCACGCGACCUCUUGGAGUGGUCUAAAGAUACGUACAGUCCAGACGAGCACUACUGGGUGACAGUCAACCACAUCAAAGAGGCUCCAGGCAGCCACAUAGAUGGAGGUUGGGCAGGAGACAUCCGGGCAAUCAAGUGGAGGGAUCAAGAGGGAAGGGUACACAACGGCUGCAAAGGGCAUUACGUUCGAGACAUCUGUAUCUAUGGUGCAAAUGACCUGCCAUGGAUCAUCAAAAGGAACAGCAUGUUUGCAAAUAAGUUUGAGAGUAAUACCUAUCCUGAGGCACUGGACUGCCUGGAGCAGUGGCACAGGAACAAGGUGCUGAAACAGGCAACUGUUCCCAUACAGCAAUCAUGGCUGCUGGCCACACAGGGAAACUGUAACAGCUACUUCAACAGCAGUGCUUGAGCUGGUAUCCUCAGCAAAGUUAGACAUGCAGUUCAGAUUAUUUGCAUUCGUUACCUCUGCCCAGCGUAAGCCUGGAGGGGAUCAUGCAUUUGGUCGUGUGUCAUCUGCCGCAGCUAAUCUUGCACACUACUGACUUGACUUAGGCUGUUAUUUUUUGUGCACAUUUAUGACUGUAUGCUCAAGGAGCUUUUGCGGUUGUGGUGAAUCACAAUUUUUGAAUUUCUGUUUUAUACUGCUAUUGACUGCUGACUGCUUUUAAUCGGCAGAUUAAGCAAUAUUUGUUUCUGCUAGGGACAACAUUGGUUGUGGCCACGUUAAUGUUGGCGGAUUCUUUUGUUGGCAUUUUAACUUAAAACAUAUUUACAUCCCUGGUGUUUUGGAGGUUUGUCUCCAUAUAGCCCGUCUACUCUGGUUAUACAUCAAUAGUAUAACCUGCGUACAGUCUCCCCUUCAUUUCACUAAUCUCAUGCACACACGGCCUGCCCUGCACUGCCUGUUCCCCCACGACCCCAGAGCAGUAUGAUAUCAUGUUUUUUAUAUAAUAGCACAAUACUUUUCUGUAUCAUGUCUACGUAUUUUGAGUUUUUUUGCAUGUUACACCUGUAGAGAUGGCGCAUUUUAUGAGUUUUGGACGCGGGGGAAAGGAUGAAGUCACCUGACAUUCAUUUGCAUGGUAAGAGUAGUCAGGUGACUUGUUUCCAUAUAGUAACAAUAAUAAACAUGUCGUUAACAUUGUGAAACGGUCGCGUUUGGAUAGGUUUAAUCAUCAGAAGUACUUGGUGAUGUUUAGGAAAAGAAGAGAUGGUUUGGAUUAAAAGAAGAACGUUAGUUAUUUACUUAUGCAAGUUACACUACGUACGCAACGUAAGUUAAAUACGUUGCAUACGUUUGGUUUCUCACGGGACACAAACAACGGUCUCCCAGGUGACAGUACUGUGUUUAACACAUCCAUCCACCCUGACUUCGUUCCUACACGGACUUUGUCGCUUUUUAUACUAUGUCUCCUGACUUUUUUUCCCUCUGACAUUCUUACUUAAAAUGACUCUGCACAAUAUAAGGCAAUAAGCCAAUUAAAUGCUGUGAAAUGAAAUGCGAAAAGCUAAAACAUCAUUGUGAUAACAUGUGAAAUGACUUAAGACAUUGAUGUGUUAUUUAUAUGCCAUUUGUUGAUACCGGGCCUGGCAGAGAUCUGCCCUGGGUUCACUCUUGUAGAUCACUGGUUGUUGAAUGUCAAAAAUGAAGAAGAAAUUAACUGAGAACAGCAGGAUGAUGCACCAUGAACUUUCAGACUCUGUAGCGCAGUUACUGUUCACAUGUAUUUAUCUAUUUAUGAGAUUUUAAGACGACAGAAGGCAUUGUAUACACCAGAGGCUAAAAUAUCUUUAGAGUAAAGAAAAAUAAUUACAUAAACUACUGAAUCUGCAUUUAAUAUUGUUUACUUUAAUAAAAUAUUAUUUUUUAAUA